AUGAAUCCAAAUGGAUCACAAGGUUCUGAUGGCUCUGCUGCUCCAGGUCGUGGGUUUGGUGGUCACCGUGGUCGUGGUGGUGGUGGCCGUGGUGAUGGUCGUGGUGAAGGCCGUGGUGGUGGCCUUGUUCUUGGCUUUGGUGGUGGAAUUGGUGAAGGCUGUGGUGGUGGCCUUGGUCCUGGCUUUGGUGGUGGACGUGGUGUAGGUCGUGGUGAAGGCGCUAGUGGUGGUGGCCGUGGUUAUGGCUUUGGUGGUGGAUGUGGUGGGGUUGUUAGCAUGGUUAAAGAUGCUCAAGGGACACAAGUUUUCAAUAUGUUUUAUCGAGUCAAAAUGAGUCGCAAAGGGGUGAAAGAAGGAAGGUUUGUGGAGACUGCGACAAGGCUAAGAAUUGUGGUGGAGAACUCAUACGUUGAAGAAGUUGUUGGAGUAGAAGACGAAAGUGGAGGUUGCAAAGGGUGGUAUCAGAGCAUGGUUAAAGAUGCUCAAGGGACACAAGUUUUCAAUAUGUUUUAUCGAGUCAAAAUGAGUCGCAAAGGGGUGAAAGAAGGAAGGUUUGUGGAGACUGCGACAAGGCUAAGAAUUGUGGUGGAGAACUCAUACGUUGAAGAAGUUGUUGGAGUAGAAGACGAAAGUGGAGGUUGCAAAGAUCUGAAGUUAAGGGGUGAAAGAAGGAAGGUUGUGGAGACUGCGACAAGGCUAAGAAUUGUGGUGGAGAACUCAUACGUUGAAGAAGUUGUUGGAGUAGAAGACGAAAGUGGAGGUUGCAAAGGGUGGUAUCAGAGCAUGGUUAAAGAUGCUCAAGGGACACAAGUUUUCAAUAUGUUUUAUCGAGUCAAAAUGAGUCGCAAAGAUCUGAAGUUAAGGGGUGAAAGAAGGAAGGUUUGUGGAGACUGCGACAAGGCUAAGAAUUGUGGUGGAGAACUCAUACGUUGA